AUGAAAAUUUAUAACAAGGUUUCAGACUUUGCUAAGAAGGUGAAAGAAUUCCAAGCUUUCUUCCAGGAGAAAAUAGUGGAGCAUGUACUAACUGUGCUUGUGUGCUAUCCUCCAAUGGAAAGAGUAUUCUCUAUGAUGAAGAAUAUGUGGAUGGAUGAAAGAAACAGAAUGAGAGCUGCCUGUGUUAAGGGUCAACUAGGUAUUCAAGCCAACGUCAAGAAAUGCAGGAAUGAAGAGAGAUUAGCAGGACUCCGGUGGAGAACAGAGAGGCAGGGGCUGCCUCACCCAGCACUUGGCUUGAAAGUGCAGGCGGAGCAGGAAUUAGAGGGGGUGCCCCCACACCUCUGCCCCCAGCGGCCCUGCGGUGGUUUCUGUCGGCAGAGUGAGGAUGCAACCGAACUGACAACUAAGCCAAAGAGAAGCUUCUAUGCAGCAAGAGAUUUGUACAAGUAUCGACACCAGUAUCCACAGAACUUUAAGGAUCUUCGGUAUCAAAAUGACUUGUGUAAUCUCCGUUUUUAUAAGAAUAAAAUUCCCUUUAAACCUGAUGGCGUCUAUAUUGAAGAAGUCCUAAAUAAAUGGAAAGGAGACUAUGAAAAACUGGAACAUAACCACACUUAUAUACAGUGGCUUUUCCCACUGAGAGAACAAGGUUUGAACUUCUAUGCUAAAGAAUUAACUACAUAUGAAAUUGAGGAAUUCAAGAAAACUAAAGAAGCAAUUAGAAGAUUCCUGUUAGCUUACAAAAUGAUGCUGGAGUUUUUUGGAAUAAAACUAAUUGAUAAAACUGGAAAUGUAGCACGAGCUGCUAACUGGCAAGAAAGAUUUCAGCAUUUGAAUGAAUCCCAACACAACUACUUAAGAAUCACUCGCAUUCUGAAGAGCCUUGGGGAGCUUGGAUAUGAAAGUUUCAAAUCUCCUCUUGUGAAGUUUAUUCUCCAUGAAGCUCUCGUGGAAGACACCAUUCCUAAUAUUAAGCAAAGUGCUUUAGAAUAUUUUGUUUAUACUAUUAGAGACCGAAGAGAAAGGAGGAAGCUCCUGAGAUUUGCCCAGCAGCAUUAUGCCCCUUCAGAGCAUUUCAUUUGGGGACCACCAAAAAAACAGAAAUCAGAAGGAAACAAAACAAGUAAAAAGUCAGCAUCCCCAGUCUCUGUUCACAACAGUUACAUUUCUAAACAUAAGAAACAAAAAGAUCUGAAAAACACAUCUACAACUGGUGGCUCAAGUAGCAAAGCAGCUGAAGAAAAAAAGGUAGAACUUACAAAAAAUGGUGAAGUAAAUGACCAGAAUGGAUCAGAAAUCAGUUGUGAAGCAGCUAAGCAGAGCAAUGGUGAAAAGAACAAUGAUGCUGAAAGUCAGAAUUCCAAAUUAGAAAAAGUUCAAGAUCCUUCAGACAAAAAGGAGAACAUUUCUCAUUCCAAAAAAGAAAGCGAAAAAGAUGAUGAAAAUCCAAACCAAGAUUGUGAAAAUCCAGGAGUUGUAGAGGGAGGUUUGUGUGACAAUGAGAAUGGUUCAAAUGAUGUGUCAACAGAUCUGCAAGACAUCUUAGCCAUACUAUCUUCCUCCUAUUUCCCUGUUCUGCUUAUAACUUUCAACCUGAUCUCAAGAAUGAUUUCAUCAUGCUAUACCAGCACAACAAGCUGAGAAAGACUAGUGAAGGAGAGAUGAGGCAGAUGAUGUACCAGGAAACUAGCCAGAUUCUAGAGCAGCAGCUGUUGUGGCUGACUUGCCAGCCCAGAGCAUCCAUCCGUGAAUCAUCAAUUGCCUUGAAUUCUGCAAUCUUCAACAAAAAGCCAUAUGUUCCACCCCCUUUACUAUGCAACCCCUCCUCGCUCUGCAUAUCUGCCUGUUUUGACAAAAUCGGGAAAUAUAAAUGUCGUGGUUACA